AUGAGUCUGCAGUGGACUGUGGUGGCCACCUUCCUCUAUGCAGAGGUCUUUGCUGUGUUACUUCUCUGCAUUCCCUUCAUUUCUCCAAAAAGAUGGCAGAAGAUUUUCAAGUCUCACCUGGUGGAGUUGGUAGUGACCUAUGGCAACACCUUCUUUGGGGUUCUCAUCAUCAUCCUGGUGCUUCUGCUUGUUGAUGCUGUCCGUGAGAUCUGGAAGUAUGAUGAUGUGACUGAAAAAGUGAACCUCCAGAACAACCCUGGGGCCAUGGAGCAUUUUCACAUGAAGCUCUUCCGUGCUCAGAGGAAUCUCUACAUUGCUGGCUUUUCCUUGCUGCUAUCUUUCCUGCUUCGACGCCUGGUGACUCUUAUCUCCCAGCAGGCCACACUGCUGGCCUCCAAUGAAGCCUUUAAAAAGCAGGCGGAGAGUGCUAGCGAGGCAGCCAAGAAGUACAUGGAGGAGAACGAACAGUUGAAGAAGGAAACUGGUAUUGACAGAGGCAAGCUGCGCAUCGGGGAAGCUGAGGUGAAGGUGGAGGAAGAGAACAAGAGCCUGAGGGCUGAGCUGAAGAAGCUGAAGGAGGAGCUGGCCGACAACAAGCAGAAAUUGGAGAAGGCUGAGAAUGAGGCGCUGGCCAUGCGGAAGCAGUCGGAGGGCCUGACCAAGGAGUAUGACCGGCUGCUGGAGGAACACGCCAGACUGCAGGUGGCGAUUGAUGGUCCUACGGACAAGAAAGAGGAGUAA